AAUAGAGGAGGAGGAGGGGGGGGAAAGGAGAUGCCUCCUUCGGCACCUUGUGUUUGUCGGGGAACGUAAGAGACCGAAUUUCAGAAAGUUUGCCCAGCCAGGGAGGGUUCGCAGAGCUCAUUGGAGGAUGCUUACGCUGGCUUCAUUUGAAGCCUAGAAAGAGUUCACAAGCAUAAACAGGAAAGCCUUACAUCACUCUUGUGUCUGUGUGUAGGGAGGAGUCUUCAGCUCUGCCUGCUCUCCACUCGCCACUCUUUGUGGUCAUGAAUUGAGAGAAGAGCGCAAGGGAGAGAGAGAGAGAGAGAGAGAGAGAGAGAGAGAGCUGCCUUCAAGCGAGGCGAAGAAGUGCCUGCCUGAGGAUUAUUUAAAGCGGGCUCUUUACGACUCACCAUGCCCUUUCGGAGCGCUGAGGGGAACCCCAAGGAUGAAAUUGCUUUGGAGAGCUAAAAUGAGCUCAAUCCAAGACUGGGGUGAAGAGAUAGAGGAAGGAGCAGUUUACCAUGUCACCCUCAAAAGAGUACAGAUUCAACAAGCCGCCAACAAAGGAGCAAGAUGGCUAGGGGUUGAAGGGGACCAACUUCCGCCAGGACACACUGUCAGCCAAUAUGAAACUUGUAAGAUCAGGACAAUAAAGGCAGGCACUCUAGAGAAGCUUGUAGAAAAUUUAUUGACAGCAUUUGGGGACAAUGACUUUACCUACAUCAGCAUAUUUCUGUCAACAUACCGAGGAUUUGCAUCUACAAAGGAAGUUCUGGAAUUGCUCCUUGAUAGAUAUGGAAAUCUGGAGAUCUCAAACUGUGAAGAAGAUGGGAGCCAGAACAAUACCGAGACCAAAACAGUACUCAGGAAUGCCAUAGCCUCAAUACUGAGAGCCUGGUUAGACCAAUGCUCGGAAGAUUUCCAAGAGCCACCUCAUUUCCUUUGUUUGCAGAAACUGCUGGAUUAUCUGACCAGGAUCAUGCCAGGCUCGGACCCGGAAAGAAGGGCACAGCAACUCUUGGAGCAGUUUCAGAAGCAAGAAGUAGUAAAUAACAGUGAGAUUCAUGAUAUAUUUGCAAUUGAAGAAGAAACAGAGAUCAGUAGAUCAGAAGAAUUUUCUUCUUUCCCAGAAGACCUUGUAGCGGAACAGUUAACUUACAUGGAUGCUACACUGUUUAAAAGAGUGGUGCCACACCACUGUUUGGGCUGCAUCUGGUCUCGGAGAGAUAAGAAAGAAAAUAAACACUUAGCUCCCACCAUCAGAGCCACCAUUGCACAGUUCAAUGCAGUCACCAAAUGCGUCAUCAGGAUAAUUUUGAAUGGCAAGGAGCUGAAAACCCAUCAACGCGCCAAGAUCAUAGAGAAGUGGAUCAAUAUUGCCCAUGAAUGUAGGAUUCUUAAGAAUUUCUCCUCUUUGAGAGCCAUCGUUUCAGCACUUCAGUCCAAUUCCAUCUAUCGGUUAAAGAAAAGCUGGGCAUGUGUUGCAAAAGACAAAAUGUUGAUGUUUGAAGAACUGUCAGAAAUUUUCUCAGAUCAUGACAACUAUUUGACAAGUCGGGAGCUGCUAAUGAGGGAAGGAACAUCUAAAUUUGCAAAUUUGGACAGCAAUGUAAAAGAAAACCAGAAGAGAACCCAGAGGCGGCUCCAACUGCAAAAAGAUAUGGGUGUAAUGCAAGGCACCGUUCCUUAUCUUGGUACUUUCUUAACGGAUUUGACAAUGCUUGAUACAGCUCUCCAGGACUAUGUGGAGGGAGGGCUAAUAAAUUUUGAGAAGAGAAGGCGGGAAUUUGAAGUAAUUGCUCAGAUUAAACUCCUACAGUCUUCCUGUAAUAGCUACUGCAUGAUGUCAAACAAAAAAUUCAUCCAGUGGUUCCAGAAACAGCGACAAUUAACAGAGGAAGAAAGCUAUGCCCUUUCCUGUGAGGUUGAAGCAGCCAUUGACACAACCACCACGUCCCCCAAACCGCGGAAGAGCAUGGUGAAACGACUGAGCCUAUUAUUUCUGGGACCUGAUGUGAUUGCUAAUAGCACGCCCACCAAAGAGCAGCCCAAGUCCGUACCAAGCGGGAGUUCCGGGGAAAGCAUGGAUUCGGUCAGCGUAUCUUCCUGCGAGUCAAACCAUUCCGAAUCGGAGGAUAUCUGCCUCACUCCUACGGAUACCCCUGAUGAGGCCCAAAAGAAACUCACAGAGUCCUCCUCCUCUUGUUCCUCCAUCCACUCCAUGGACACAUCUUCAUCAGGAGUAUCAUCCUUCACCAAUGUCCUUGUGUCUCCUCCUUCACUGGCCAGCAACCCCAGAAUCCACAAACGCUCCAUUUCUGUCACCUCCAUUACCUCAACAGUCUCCUCUCCUGUUUACAACCAACAGAACGAAGAUACCUGUAUCAUCCGUAUCAGUGUUGAAGACAAUAAUGGCAACAUGUAUAAGAGCAUUAUGUUAACUAGCCAAGACAAGACUCCUGCUGUCAUCCAGCGAGCCAUGUUGAAACACAACUUGGAAUCAGAUCCUGCUGAGGAUUACGAACUCGUGCAGGUCAUUUCUGAUGACAAAGAACUGGUCAUCCCAGAUAGUGCAAACGUCUUUUAUGCCAUGAACAGCCAGAUGAAUUUUGACUUUGUCUUGCGGAAGAAAAACUCCCUCGACGGGCAAGUGAAACUGAGAAGCCGCUCCAGCUUGACUCUUCCCAAGACCAACAGAAGGGGCUGCUGGAGCAACAGAAACAGCAAAAUUACCCUUUGAGGGUGGAUCAGCCCAACACCCAAGAGGUGGGCUUGAAGGACCAUUGCAGAGACUGUCUAUGUGGAGAUGAACAUGUCAGUAUUCGGCUUUGGAGAGUACAAAGCUAACACUUGCUAUAAAUAGGCACACAUUUAGUUAGUUACAAAGAACAGACAAAAGGGUCCUGAACAGAUAUGCACCCCUUAGGCACUUUUGUUUUUUUCCCCCUUUUACAACCAGUCCAUGAAUUCAAAGCCACUUUCUAUCAGGAAAACAAAGAAUAUGCAGCUGAUGUUCUAGCCUUACCACAGACUCUUCGCCUCUUCUUAGUUUUGACAGUAUUAAUUUGGAGUGUUUUAGGUGCGCUUUUAUAAAUGGGAAAAGGCAUUUUAAUCCCUUGUGUUCUUACUAGAGGGAGAAGAGCAUCAGACUAACCACUGACUGAUGAUAGUGCUGGUAAAUGACUGGUAAAGAUGGGCUGCUUUGGUAGAGGCAGCACAGCUUCUGAAACAAGGGGAAUUAGCCUUAUCUUAGAAUUCUUCCCCUGCAGUUUUGGGUUUGUUUUUUUAAAGUCAUCCCAACUUCCAGUCCUUUUGGACAUGCUGAAAGAAUCCAUUCCUUGCUCCAGGAAUCAGCUAUUCACCGAUGACUAUCUGAAUGCACACCACUUGCUCUUAAUGCCACUAUGUUGUCUUUAUGCUUUGCUAUUUUUUUUUUAAAAAAUGUGUGAAUGUACGUGUGCAGGUAUGUGAGCGUGUGUAUAUAUAUUUUAUAUGUAUAUAUAAAAAGUCAAAAUAUAUUUCCUUGGAGUGUGCAGUUUUACUCCUCUUUCAACUGUGGAGCUGUUUACCUGUAUUCAGCCAUAUUGGCGUUAUAGUAAACUAUAACAGUUAUAUUUUAUACCGUACUCAGUCUGAGAAACAACACAAAACAAAAAAACAAAUCUACUUAAUAGCCAUCAUUUGAAAAGAUCCCAGAUAUUUGUUGAUUAAAAAACAUUUAAAGAAUUCCCCCCCUCUUUCUUUUUUUAGAAUUCAGUCAUUAUUAUUGUAGUUGUUGUUGUUUUAAAUGACUUAUGGUACUGCUUUAGUCACCUCUUUGCCUCAUGACCUGGUUUCCUGGAAUGAGAGAUGGUGGUAUUGACUUUUUGGAGGGUCAGGUUUUCAGUAUGAUGUCAGACCUGCACAACAGUAGUACAGUCAGGGAAAUGCUGAAAUUAAAGUAGUGAUGAUGGUACCGAUUAUAAACAUGGGUGAUAAGGAAGCUUCUUCCUGACACUUUUUCUCUGAUUUCCAUUUUCUCCCCACUUUCUUCACCUAGCAAUCUGCUGCUGCAUCAGCCUUUUCCUUUUGAAGACUAGGUAGCAUUCCUCACCCCUUCUGUAGGUCUCUUAUAAAGACCAAACAGAGCUACCCAAUCACCGUAAAGCAGACUGUACUAAAUUCAACAGAAUCCACUCAUUUGCAACAAUAUUUAUGACUGUAAAUUUACAUGGAAGAUUUUUUUUUCUUGCUUAAUUUGCAACCUCAAUUCGAACAUAUUACCAGGUUUAAAUAGGUUCACUGAAAGUCUAUCAUACUCCAAUUCAGAGCUCUUUGCAUCCUCAAAUAUACCACUGCAAAGAAAGUAAUGCAUAAUCACAGCCACGACAGUUUGUAGGUUAGUUAGUUGCACCAUCAUAGAAAAAAUAGAAAAUUGACACUGAAUGUAACACCUCCUAAAUACUUCAGCAAAGCAUGUUUUCAAGCUUUGUCCAUGUAGGAAAGGAAAUGGGUGGUUGAAGCACAAUGAGAUCUAGAAUCAGAAUUGAGCCAGCAAAAUAUAUUUGCUUUUCUUUGAAAUAGAAUGGGACAAGAGUUACCUGCAAUUCCCGUUGAUACGUUUGUAUGUGAUGCACAUCUGUGCAUAUAUGUACAUGGGGUGAGGGCAAGGGUGUGAGUAGAAUUUAAGAUUACUGCAUAGCAGAAUGAGAAAUGCCAAGCCUUUUUGCUGAAAAUGAUUUACCAAUUUCAGCUUUGUAAAGCUAAUUUUGCUAUUCAGGAGCCUAACGCCAGUCCUGACAAGGUACAUUUUUAAAUUAAUACUUAUCAGAUUGUGAUAUAUUUGCACUAUGUAAAACCUUCAGUUUCAAAUGCUUUAUAUGUUGAGCCACUUACUUAAAUUCUCUAUAUUAUUGUCUAAAGAGAUUGUGAGUGUGUCCCUAUACUGCAUAUGCCUCACUCUUGUUAGUCAAUUGCAGGCAACAAUAGGUUAUUUUGCAAGGUAGUCUCUAGAUUAGAGACCUUAGCUUGCAUGUAAGAGUAUGAGCUUGCUUGAGUUCUGAGUUUGUGGUAUACCAAUGAAAGAAUAUACAACUGACUGGUCCUGUUGUUGCAAAAGGAGGGACUGUUACUUGUGUCAUGAUCCAGCUAAGCUGAGUAUUCUAAUGUACACCUUCUCUGUCUUACUAAAAAGCCCUGGGUGAGAACGUUAAAUGACCAACUCCAUGAUAAGCAAAAAGUUUAAUACAGGUGGGCCUUUCUGAUGUUGGUUAUGGCAAAUAGAAGAUUGAAAUAAAAAUGUGUAGGUGGGAAGAACAUGAAUUAAUAAGUGAAAGAAAGCUAAAUAUGUUGUGCAUUUGGGAAACUAAGAAUGGGGAAGAUGUCAAUAGUUUGUAACAGAGUACUAUGGUCAGAUUUUUCUGGGUAAUACUGAAGAAUCCAUGCAGGGAAGGAACAGAGCUAAAAUGUAUGCCAGAAAGUAUGAAUUGGUGUCAUGUUACAUUGUGAGUACAGAUGAAAAUAAGAAUCCAUACACUAGGAAGAGUUGCAUGUUAUACUCUAGUCUAGUGUACAAUGGUAACAGAACAACCAGCAAUGGGUUUUGCAGUCCAUGGGCAGGGACUGGGGUGGGUAGUAUGAUACAAUGGAUGGGAAUAAGACAAGAUGGUACAGAACAAAGUUAUUAGAUUGUUUGGAAAUGCAGAACUGAAUGAGAAAGGGAAUUGAUAUCUGCUUAGGAAAUUGUUCGUUUUGAGUACGUGAUUUAAGCACAAGUCUGUACUUGCAUAUGGCAAAGAAAUUAUGAAAAAUAUAAAGUUGUGACUAAUUAUUAAAACUGAACUUGGGAGAAAGUAGAUCAGGAACAAAGCAAAGAAGUGAAAGGAACUAGCCUGAAAGGAAAGAAAGAAAGUGGAUAACACAACAAAUGGAAAGCAGACAUAAGGAAAGUGGAUGUAGAACCUGCUUGAAUAGAGUCAAAACAAAUUUACACUCCAACAGUGUGUGGAGAUUAGUGGGAAGAAUGAAAAAUAAUGCUUGGUGGACCAAUGAAAUGAAAAGGGUUGGAAAUGAGGAAAAAAUGCUGCAAAAUGUUGAAAAAAAGGAUACAUUACAGAUGAUCCUCAGUUGAUAAACACUCAUUUUGUGAUUGCUCCAACUUGCAACAGUACUGAAGAAGUGGUACUUAAAACUGCUCCUCAUAGACCUAGCUGUCUCAGCAUCCCUGCUUGGUGCUCAGCUGACAAUUAUGACAACCCAGAGUCCGAUGGUCACAUCACCCAUUUGUGAGCUUCUUUGCUGGCUUCCAACACUAACGUCAAUGGGGAAGCUGGAAGGAGGUGGCAACUGGCAACCAUAUGAUGUCCUUGCUUAACGACUCACAGUGAUUCACUUAACAACAGAAUUAUUUGUUGUUAAUUCUAGACUGCUAGAAUUAUCGCGGCGCAGUUCAGUCAUGUGACAUCAUGCUUUACAACUUCCAGUCCCAAUUGCCAUCAUUAACUGAGGAUUAUCUGUAUAGAGAAAGAUAGCUACAUUUUUUUUAAUCUAAGGGAAUAAAGAAAUACUAAGAUUAAAAAUGUAGCACAAUUCAAAUGAAAAUAAAAACGUCGUCUGAAAUGACUGAAACAAGCUAAAGAGCCUCAAGGAGAGUGAAUGGAAUUAAAAUUGUAACGAAAUGAAUUGGUCUGGAACUGAAUGGAGGGAACGCUGAAACUAGUACUUUAGAGAUUUAUAUGGGAAUUAUUGUACAUCUAAGAGUGAGAUUUAAAUGGAUGUGAAAAUUAUUAGCACGCAGGAAAAAGGAUGAAAAGUUAAAUUGUAAAUGUUGUGAGGAUGUUGAAUAAUAAGGCCUGAAAGUAUAUUCAUAUAAUUGGUGCAAUAUUAAAAUAAGCAGGUGAACUUUUUAGUAGUGAUUGUGUAACUUUGGCAGCAUAUUUGCAAAGACGGCAUUUGUGGCUGGUGAUUGGAAGAAGGAUUGUUUUCCUCUACAGAAAUAAAACCAGCAAGAAAGAAUGCAAAACAUACUGCAGGAUUAAUCUGUUAAGUGUUGCUAGGAAGUUGAAUGGCAGCAAUCUGACUGAAGAGCUGCAUAGGUAACAGUGAGGAAAAACUGGGGAGCACAAUCACAUUUUUAUCCAUAAAAAAUAUCUGCAUAGUCACUGCCCAACCUAGAGCCACACAGGGCUCCCCAAUUUUUAGUGCUCCCCGAGUUUGAUUCAAGUUCUUCAGCAUGUCAUGGAGAAAUGUGUACGAGCGAUAUGUCACAGAUGUAACGAUAUGCGAAAUGUGACAGAUGUAAUUCUAGCCAGUGUUUCAUCAUGAGCAGGGAGUACGACCAGAAUAAGUGAUAUCACCUUAGUGGUUUGUUAUAUUAUAAGGGAUGCUUGUGGUGAUGGAAAGGGUGUGUUGAUUUGAGACUUAAAUAUACAUCCACUUUCAUAUGCAGAUACUGUCAUGUUGUUGGAUGAAAACUUAAAUUAUAUGGAGCCAUAAGGAGUAUGAAGCUAAACACUAAUGUGACAACAAACAAGAUAAAUGUGCUCACAGGGAAAAUGAAGUUAAUAACUGCAAGUUUUGUAUAAAGGAUGAAAAAACUACAUUGAGUGGACAGGUUUGUCUACCUUGAUAGAAAGUUUACUGCAGAGGGGGAAAUGGAUGGGAAAACAUUAGGAAGUACAAACAUUGGUAGUAAGGUAAUACAUGAUGGGUGUGAGGAAUGAAAGAAACAAAAAUAACUAAGAUUUUUUUUAAUGGGAAUUGGAGAAGUCAAGAGAAAAAUUAAGUUGAAUGCAAUGGGAAGCUUCACUUAGCAAUACCAAAGCAGAUAGGGUUAAGAAUGAAUGUUAACCAGAUAUAAAAUUAAUAUAUAAAAUUGAAUGACCAGUAUGAAACAAAUGUUUUGAGGCUUUGUCAUGUAGGAACAUGAAUUAAGAUCAAAUUGCAAAACAAGUAUGUGAAGGAUGAAUGACUCAAGGGAAGGGGAAGAUCAAAAAUGUUGUGAUUGGAUUAAGAUGAUGAUAACCUUAAAAGAGAGAAGUUAAAAGUUUAAAGACCACUGGGUUCUUCCAGUUCCAUUUCAUUAAUGGGCUAAGUAACUUCUUCAGAGAUAACAUGAUCAGAGAAACCCUAGGAACCAGCAUUUCAACCCUGAGCUAUAUAUAUAUAUAUAUUUUUCACUGUUGGGAACAAAAAUUUUAACAACAAAGGGCAAUGUGCAAAAGAAGGCACCAUGUAUAUGGGGGAAGCAAGAAUGGUUUCUGAAGACAGAAGGCUACUGUGAGAUAUAGUGGUGGUAAUGUAAUCUAGUUUAUCUAUUUCUUUUUCUCACUCCAUUCAUUUAACAUAUUUGUCUUAAUAUUUCUUAGUCAUUUUGUGUUUGGCAUAAGGUUGCUUACUCUGGGAUAGAAUAGCUUGAUGGGUAUGUAUGUAUGUAUGUGUGUAUGUAUGUAUGUAUGUAUGUAUGUACAAAUAUUUAUUUAACAGUAAGCUUUAAAAGUAUCCAGAACCUGGAUGAAUAUUCAGAAAACCAAGAUUCAUUCUCUAGGUUUUCUGUUGAAAAAUAAGCAAUACACAAAAGCAUUAAGUGGGUAAGUAUAUGCACAUAUUCACACUUCGUAUUAGCUAGAAUUGUAGAAUUAGCUAGAUUUUUAUAUUUUAUAUUUUUACAUUGUUAUGCUUGUGCUGACCAUCUUUUCUAAACAAAGACAAGACUGAUUAAAAAUUGUUGUAUAAAAUAGUCUUUUAUUUAUCCCUGUGAUUUAACCUAUUCAUUGGAUCUCUAUUAAAAGAUUUAUUUAAAAAAUAUCAUUAGAAAAAUAAAACGUUCAACUCACUUUCACUAUCUAAACUUUGUAUAUAGAAUUUUAGAUCUAACACAGAUUAGAACAAUAAUCAUCUCACAAUUCCAGUGUUUCACGAAUUAUUUACCUCUUGAUUUGGUAGUGCUUCGAAUAAUGAAUUCAGCAGGGUUGUGAAUACUAAAUAGCACUGUACCACAAAUUACAAGCUUCCAGUCCUAUGAUAGGGUCCAUCACAGCUUACAAAGCCUUUUUAGCUCCUGGUUGCUAGGAUAGGAAGAAUGUUUGGUAGACUCUUUUUCUCUCCCCAGUUAAUCCAUUCCUUUCCAAUUCCAAUUAGUAUGAGAGGAAAGUUAGCUGCAUAAAUCCCAGUCCAGUUUAGAGGAUUAAUCCAUUUCUGGAAUUUAUUUAAUGAAUGAAAGGUCUUGGGACCACCUGAUCCGAGGUUGCCUUUGUUCUAUUUCCCCCCCACCCAACAUUUUUACACCUCCUACUGCUGGCAUUAGAUUUCUGCCCACAUGAUUAUCCAUGUGUUGGGGUCUCCCAAAUAUGCUGAAACUAACUCGGAAUUUUUAUCCAGUCUCUGGAUAAGCUGGCUAAAAACUGAAGUUGCAAUACAUCUGGAAAUCUGAAGCAGAUUUAUAAGUGUUUGCCAUAUAUCUAAAUAUAUAUGAACAUAUAUAAACUUUACUUCUGACUGAUGAGAGGAUUUUGAGUUUGUUCAAAUCCCCCCAGACAAAUUACCCAUUUUCAUUGUAUCACACAGGUGGCUUUAAAAGAUGCCUUCUGUUAUUACAAUGAUUUUUGCUAGCAUAGCAAUCUUCCAUACCUAUCCAUCACCCUUUUAAGAAACUUAUUAUUCAAGUUGCAUAGAAAAAAGAGCUGUUUCUAAAAAAAAAAAAAAAGGAUUGAACACCCUCUUUAACACAUACCUCCUCUAAUUAUUACUGAUGGCAGAUUUUAUGUUCUUUCUUUUGCCAUUUGAUUUCUAUAGGCCUGUGCUACUUUUCCAUAAUGAUAAAACUGUUUCAGAAAAUGUAUUUGGACCCACCAGAUUUUCUCACCUAUUAUUGUUUGAGUGAAUUGUAAUAGAAUAGGAGAAAUGAAGCCAUCGCAUACAUGAAAUAUACUCAAAGCAUAUUUUGCCAAGAAAUAAAUAUAUAAAUCACUAGA